AUGCGAUUAGCUCUGGCGCUAAGCCUAAAGGAGAAUAAGCCGGGAGUCGCUGGAAGAAAAAAAAGCGAACGAAAGAAACUUGAAGCAGCGAAGAUCAAGAAGAAGAAGAAGAAGAACAGGGCAACAUUGCACGGCUGGACAGACGAAGCCCGGAGACGAAGACGGCUUUUGGAACUCGGCCUCCCUCGCGUUUCUCUUCUCACAGCUUCCUUCAGCAACCUCUCCCUACAAGCAACCCGAUCUUUCUCUACGACCCUACCGACACAGCGGGCGGCCACUCUUCCUGCUGAAAUCCCCCCAUACCCUUAUGGCCCCAGACGCACCUUCAAGCAGGCAGACAGCGGACUCUACGGCGGCGCUACAAUAAUAUUCGGAAACAAGAUCUCCAAGGGCCGGAACAAGGGCAAGACACGAAGAAUCUGGAAGCCCAAUGUGCGAAAAGAGAAAAUCUACAGCAAGGCCUUGGAUGAAGAGAUAGAGCUCAAGGUCACUCAUGGCGUUUUGAGAACGAUCAAUAAAGUGGGAGGGCUGGACGAAUACCUACUCGGCGACAAACCCGCUAGAAUAAAGGAAUUGGGCAUGUUUGGCUGGAAACUACGGUGGAGGGUGAUGACCUCGCUGGCAAUGAAGGAGAAAUUCGCACUGGAGAGACAGCAGCUGGGUCUACAGGAGCCAGAAACGUUUGAACAAUUCCUGGCACGACACUCGGAGAGCGAGAAAAUCGAGGCCGCUACCGAGCACGAUUUGAGACGGCAGCAGGAGGCCCACGAGGCGGCUACACCGUUGACUGCUGCAUCAAUGGGAGAGAUGAAUGCUCCUGAACUCAGGACGAACCCGGCCUAG